AUGCUCUUUCGUUUCCUGGCCUUGUUGCCAUUCCUGGCGGGAGUAUUGGCCAAAUCCAAAGUGCACGAUGAUACGUUCAAGCCUGACUACGUUCUAGAAGCUACUCUGGGUGAUAUUAAGAUCAACUGCAAGUCAAGAUCGUCGGUCACGUUCAACGGCACCUAUCCCGGACCGACAAUCUACCUGCAAGAGGAACAAACGACCUGGAUUCGAGUCUACAAUAAAAUUCCUGACAACAACGUCACAGUUCAUUGGCAUGGUCUGAGUCAGCGAGCCGCACCCUUCUCUGACGGUACUCCCCUUGUGAGCCAAUGGCCCAUCCCAGCCGGGCAAUUCUUCGACUAUGAGAUUAGGCCACAACUGGGAGACGCAGGAUCUUACUUUUACCAUUCGCAUGUCGGCUUCCAGAUCUUGACUGCUCAUGGAGCUUUGAUUGUCCGAGACGCCGUGAAGCCAGAGUAUAAGUACGAUGGAGACAUCCCUCUUAUCGUGGGAGACAACUACGCUGCUGAGGAUGAAGUGAUAGAAGAAGGCCUGCUGGCAGAUCCAUUCAAGUGGUCUGGAGAGCCUCAGGCUAUAACUAUCAAUGGGAACAGUGGCAACAAGAGUUUCUAUGAUGCAACGGACUCGAGCUGUAUGCCUCAUGUCAUUCACGUUGACCCAGGCAAAGUCUACCGACUUCGAUUUAUUAGCGCUACGGCGUUGUCUAUGAUCAAGCUGGGGAUUGACGAUCACGAAAAUUUUACAGUGAUUGAGGCUGACGGGUCUUAUACAAAACCUGCUCAUAUCGAUCAUAUUCAGGUUUCAUCCGGUCAGCGCUUUAGUUAUCUCAUCAAAACCAAAACCUCGGAAGAGGCCUGUGGAGGUGACAAGUCGCAGUACUGGAUCCGGUACGAAAGUCGCGAUCGACCUCAAGUCAUCAGUGGUUACGCUUUGCUCAAGUACCGGUGUGAUGAGGGCCAACAUCUCCCAAAAUCACUUCCCAAGACCACACCUAUCGAGCUGUCCAACAGUACUACUGACUACCUCGAAUAUGCUCUUGAGGGUUUAUCAGAAAAGAACAACCGAGAAUUCCCAAGGUUAUCAGAGGUUACGAGAACUGUUACUAUUCAAGUCAAUCAGAUUCUCACGACUGGUGCCUAUGAGAAUGGAACUUUGAAUGGCACAGUAGCCUGGGCCCAAAAUGGCCUACCUUGGAAAGAAAAUGUCCAAGCUGAGCAUCACCAAGUCCCGUAUCUCAUUCAGGUCUAUGAGAAUGGCACGACCCCCAACUAUACCCUUGCCCUGGAACAUCAUGGAUUUGAUCCGGAAACCAAGGCAUUUCCUGCCAAGGUCGGUGAAGUAUUAGACAUAGUCUGGGAGAACAACAACGGUCCUACAGGCGGCUGGGACUUCCAUCCCAUGCAUGUCCAUGGAUACCAUGUCUAUGAUCUAGGUGCUGGUAACGGUACCUACAACGCGACUGAGAAUGAGGCACACUUCGACAAUUUCACCCCUGUUCUCCGAGACUCGACAAAUCUCUACAGAUAUGCGGUGAAGGGUGUUCCGCAUCACACCGCCGGUUGGAGAGCUUGGCGAAUUCGCAUCACAGAAGAAAACAUUGGUGCCUGGAUGAUGCAUUGUCAUAUUGCACAGCAUCAGGUCAUGGGUAUGGCCACCGUUUGGGUGUUUGGUGAUGCAGAUGAGAUCCGUGGCAAGUUCCCUGCUCCGCCAUAUACUCAGGGAUAUCUAGACUAUGGUGGAAGUGCUUAUGGAAGUGAGGAUAGUCAACCUUGGGUGAACCAUUACUAUAGUGAUGGUGAUGAUUAG